GAGUGUCUUCAGUCUUAGAGAUAGAAGAAAGAUGAAGCCUAAGGCUCAGAUAACCAUGUUUACAGUUGUUCUAGGUGUUUCAAUAGUUUUAAAUUUCUUUUCCUUUGGUAGGCUGUAUUUAAACUCAGACGACGACCCAGAUCUGACUUGGACAGAAGAUGCUGCAGAAGAAGCUGAAGCUGUGGCAUCUAUUAAAUGUUCAGGCCAUGGAAUGGCCUUCUUAGAUGGGUUAGUCAGUGUUGAAGGGAAGCCGGUCUGCGAAUGCCAUGCAUGCUAUACAGGCCCUGAUUGCGCAGGAGUCAUACAGGGAUGUUUUAUUGAAGCAGAUAGUGGAGAUCCUAUGUUCCUGGAGCCCUUUUGGAUGCAGCAUGCCUCAGGUAGUACCAUUGUAUUGGCCCCAUGGCAUCGUAUGAGCUAUGAUUUGGGUGAUGGUUCUCUCAUUUCCAAAGAGCUUGAGACUCGAAUCCACAAACUCCAUGAAAUUACUAAGAAUGCCAACACUGAUGGAAAGUAUAUUGUCUUUGGUGCUGGCUCAACCCAACUUCUCAAUGCGGCUGUUCAUGCCCUUUCUGUGGACAAUGACCCUGCUGCUUCGAGGGUUGUGGCUUCCACCCCACACUAUCCUGGAGCAGACAGAAUUCUCGACUCUGAUAAUUAUGAUUUUAAUGGAGAUACUUACACGCACAAGAACGAUAUUGGGAAUUUCAUUGAGUUUGUGACGUCGCCAGACAAUCCUGAUGGUCAACUAAGGAAGGGAAUUCUUGAAGGUUCAAAUGUAAAGAGAAUCCAUGAUUUUGCCUACUAUUGGCCACAUUAUACAGCCAUCCCUUAUCCAACUGAUGAAGAUCUCAUGCUAUUCACUCUCUCUACGCUUACCGGACAUGGUGGCAGCAGAUUUGGGUGGGCAAUAGUAAAGGAUAAAGCUGUAUAUGAAGACAUGCUUAAAUAUAUGAGUCUAAGUACUUAUGGUGUCUCUAAAGAGACUCAGCUCCGAGCCUUGAAACUGCUUGAUGUAGUUAUUGCAACUGCAGGGAGGGAAAUGUUCGACUUCGGGUAUAGUACCAUGAAGGAGCGGUGGGGUAAGUUCAGCAAGGUUUUGUCCAUGUCCAAACGUAUUUCCUGCCAGCAAUUUGAUCCCCUACGCUUCUGUAACUAUUUUCAAGAGCUCAAAGGACCUACUCCCCCAUUUGUAUGGCUGAAAUGCGAGAGGGAAGAAGACGUAGAUUGCAAUGCAGUGCUAAAAUUAGUUAACAUGAUCGACUGGCCGUGAUGGCCCUCAGUUUGGUGCUGCUAGGCGACAAGUAUGGCUCACCUUAGUGAAUACUCAGGAUGACUUUGAAUUACUGAUCCAAAGGAUGUAGAUGUUAGUUUCUGCAGAAAAUAACAGCACCAAAAUUGU